AUGAGUUUUCUUACAAGAAAAUUAGAAGAAAAACUUGGUGUUGACUUAAAUGGAGAUGGGAAAAUUGGAGGACCUGGAUUGACUUCAAAGAUGGAAGCAGCUACUCAUGUAGACUUUAAUCAUGAUGGAAUUGUUGGUGGAUAUCGACCACCACCGGAUGGAGGUUUAGUUGGUAAAAUUGAAAAAGCAACACACAUUGAUUUAAACAAAGAUGGUUAUAUUGGCGGUCGACCUGGUUACUAUCCACCACCACCACCAGCUCAUAAAAAGCAUUAA